AUGUCGAAAUCAUUACAAUUAUUAUCGUUGAUAUCAAAAUCAUUGAUUAUAAUUCAAUUAGCAAUUUGUUGUCUACAGUGUAUAAGUGCCACAAAAAUUAUUAGUAGUAAUAGUAGUAAUAGUGAUGAUAUCGACAAAAAUUUUGAUGACAAACCAAAAUUAUUUGUAAAUACUGACAAUUGUGGCCUAAAAAAGCCGACGGCAGCUAUAGAUGGCUACAUAAUAGGCGGCUCUGAGGCCACUGCCGGUCAGUUCCCGUGGCAGGUGUCGCUACAGAAACGACAGUCGGGUCUAUGGCUACAUACAUGCGGUGCAGUCGUAUUGAACAAGAGAUGGCUAUUGACGGCCGCCCACUGUAUUAAUGGUCUCAGUGAACAGUCGUUACGGGCACUGGUAGGCACCCAUCUACUCAAUGUAAAGCCGCCGGGUACGACUGGCCAGGCAGCUGUUUACCGAAUAUCCAAAAUAAUCAAACACCAGGAUUUCAGUGCCGAUAAUAUGGCCAACAAUCUGGCACUCAUACGUUUGACCGCUGCGAUCAAUUUGGACAACUCUGAUGGCCUAAUCAAUAGUGUUUGUUUGCCUAAUACGGGCGACAAGUUUACACAAUAUGUUACACUAUCAGGAUGGGGAUUGACAACAGUUUCAGGAUCAGGAGGUCAGCAACAACAACAACAACAGCCGGUUACCUCCAAUAAGCUAAUGUUUGUCAGUGAUGUGCCAAUUGUUUCAUUACCCAAAUGCCGAUCCAUUUAUGGCAUGAAUUGGAUCCGAGAGGGUAUGCUAUGUGCCGGCGCUCCUAAAGGACAGCAGUCACCUAAGGGUUUCUGUCAGGGUGAUAACGGCGGUCCAUUAAUUCAAACUGAUCCAAAUGGACGGGCAAUUUUGGUGGGCAUAUCAUCAUUUAACGCCCGGUGCGCAUCACCUGACGGCACACCAGAUGUUUUCGUGGAAAUUUCAAACUAUAGACAAUGGAUUGAUAAAAAUGCCGUUUAA